GCUACAGAAUUUCUGGCUGUUAGGUUUUAUGCUCUUUAUAUCAUGUUCAUCAGAAGGAAACGUGUGCGACUUUCCUGAUGUCGACAAUGGAAAGAUUGCUCAGUACUAUUACAUAUUCAAAAAGUUUUAUUUCCCAAUGAAAGAGGGGAGUAAGCUGUCUGUGUCUUGUUCAGCUGGGUACAUAUUUCAGUCUGGAAGGCAAGAAGAUGAAAUCACGUGCACAUCAGAAGGAUGGGAACCUCCAGCAAUAUGCUUCAAAAAAUGUCUCAGGCCAUCAAUUCCAAAUGGAUUUGUACACAAUGCAAAGGAGCUGUAUAAACCAUUUGAUACCACUGAGUAUAGCUGCCAUGAAGGCUUCAUGACCACAAAUGGAGCUAGCACUGAAACCAUAAACUGCACAUCUGGACAGUGGUUACCUCCUCCAGGAUGCCAUCAGAAAACUGAUAGCUGUGAAACUCCUACUCUUACUAAUGGAUAUUAUGUAACAACAAGGAAGUCGUUUCGUGUUAUGGAGACUGUACAAUACCAGUGUAAUGAGGGGUAUUACACUGCUACUGGGACCAGUGCAGACUGGGUCGAGUGUCUUCCGAGAGGUUGGUCUUCUACCCCAAGCUGCACAAAGAUGGCCUGUGGUAGGCUGGAAACUGUGGAAAAUGGUGGAUUCUACCCAGUAAAGCCAUCAUAUACAGAAAGAGAUGUGGUACAAUUCUACUGCAAAGAAAAUUACUCUAUUAUAGGCUCAGAAUUAAUACAGUGCUAUUCCUUUGGAUGGGACCCUCAGCCACCCAUUUGUGAAGAAAGAAAGAAUAGGUGUCCUCCACCACCCAGACCUGCCCAUGGUAUCCUUCUCAGCAGUCCCACCUUGCAUCGUGUUGGAGACAAGGCACAUUAUGAUUGUGAUGAUAACUAUAAGUUAAUUGGACCUGAGCAAAUCCAUUGUGAGAAUGGACACUGGACAACUCCACCUAGUUGUGUGCAACUCAAACAAAAGAUAAUAUGUGAUAAACCCCCACAAAUAGAAAAUGGGAAUGCAAUUAGGAGUCAUGAGGUUUAUCACAGUGGUGAUGCUAUUCAAUACAAGUGUGCUGAUGGAUAUGAAAUAGAAGGGCCAAAAGAAAUAACAUGCAAAAAGAGUAAAUGGCCAGAACCUCCUAAAUGCAUUGUCAACAACAAAUAUUGCCAAACCCCACCAGUAUUAAUCAAAGGUGAACUUGUUGAAAUGCCAUUGGCCAGCUAUGAAGAUGGCUCCUCCGUGGAAUAUAAAUGCCACAGCUUCCACCUAAUGGAAGGGUCUAAAACUGUGUACUGUGAACGUGGAGCCUGGUCAGAUCUGCCUAAAUGCUUAAAGCCCUGCACCCUGACUGUGGCUGACAUGAAAGAAAGGAACUUGGAGCUUCAGUGGAGUUCAGACUUGCACUCAAAAUUUUUACAUGGUGACAUGGUGGAAUUUCAGUGCAUGGACGGGUUUGAGUUGCCAAUGUACACUGAAGUAAAAGGACUCUGCAAAAAUGGUCAAAUUCAAUAUCCUACCUGCAAAAAGAAAGAGUGGUUGAAAUCUUGUGGUCCUUCUCCUAAAGUAGAACACAGUAUAAAUAAUUCCUCACAAGAAAUGUAUGAAUCUGGCUCUUUGGUUGUGUACCAUUGUUCAGAAUAUCACUUCUUAAAUGGCCACAGUACUAUUCAGUGCUCAAAUGGGCUCUGGGAAUCUCCACCAACUUGUAUAGAACCAUGCGUUUUAUCCACAGACAAGAUGGACAGAAGCCAUGUGCGUCUGAAGUGGAGCUUUGAUAGCAAUUAUUUUUUACAUGGAGAGUUUGUAGAUUUCUUAUGUAAGCCAGGAUAUGAAAAUUAUGAGUAUGCAAUCACUUUUGGUUUAAGGGGUCAGUGCAGAUUUGGGCAUCUUACCUAUCCAAAAUGUAUACCAAGGCAAGGAUAAAUGCACAUGAUUGGUAUUUGAAUGUGGUUACAAAAAUGUUAAUUACUAUAAUACUUUAUAAAGUACUAAUCAUCAGCUUGUUUUAAGUGGCUAUUUAAACAUUUACAAAUGAUGGGCCCCCAACUAUCAUGAGACUUGAGGCCCCAUAUUUGGCACUUAGGUAUAAAAAGACAGGCAGUCAAACUUCAA